UGUACGCCCUCGUACGCGCGCGUAUGCGCAUAUGUGGCGAGGGCCUUUGUAACUUCAUUUUGCAGUUGAAAAAUACGAGUGACAUUUUUUUUUGUUAAACAGAAAGUCAGUCAGCUAAUUGGACAUUGAGCAAUUACAAUUUUAGAAUAUACAUGAAUAGUUUUUAUAAAUUUUUACGUAAUGUUUACUUAGACUGAUAAGGUGUAGGUGUGAAUGAACCUUAAAAUGACCUGAAAUUGGGUAUGUGGUCUUGUGGCAAACGUGACAAAGAAACUUACUUUAGUGCCGGUUCAAAAGAAUCAGGUAACAGGUAUAGCUGUGACUUAUAAUGGCAUUUAAACUUUUAAAAAGCUGGAGUCGCCUACAAACUGUAGUGACCAAUGAAACUUUCAGAACCACAGUUUACAAAUUCAGAUACCUUGGAGCUGGACUGGUAGCAGCUAGUGUAGCAGUUUACAGUUCAUCUAAUGACAAUGUCUAUGCAGCCCAAUCAGAAUUGGACCUUCAGCAUUUUAUGGCGGAGCCUAUAACAAGCAUUGAACACUUGACAAAGAACAAAGAUGACAUGAAGACUAAAAUGGAAUUAUUAAUAAUGAAAAUUCAAGCAGAUGUUGUUAAAUCUUUGGAAUCUCUGGAAGAAUUUGAAACCAAAUUUAAAGUUGACAGAUGGACUAGGAAGGAAGGCGGUGGAGGUAUAACUUGUGUACUUCAGGAUGGCAAUGUUUUUGAGAAAGCUGGAGUUAAUAUUUCAGUGGUCAAUGGUACAUUACCUUCUAAUGCUGUACAGCAAAUGAGAGCUAGAGGUAAGACUAUGGAUGAAGGUGCUUUACCUUUCUUUGCUGCUGGUGUCAGUUCUGUUAUUCAUCCCAGGAAUCCAAUGGUGCCUACCAUUCAUUUCAACUACAGAUACUUUGAGGUGACAAACAAAGAUGGUUCUAAACAGUGGUGGUUUGGGGGAGGUACUGACUUGACACCCUACUAUUUGAAUGAAGCAGAUGCCAAGCAUUUCCAUAAAACACUCCAACAGGCAUGUGAUAAGCAUGAUCCAUCGUACUACAGCAAAUUCAAGAAAUGGUGCGAUGAUUACUUUCAUAUACCUCACAGAGGAGAAAGAAGAGGUGUUGGAGGUAUAUUUUUUGAUGAUUUAGAUACACCGGAUCAGAAAGAGGCUUUCAAAUUUGUCGAGUCAUGUGCUGAAGCUGUAAUUCCAUCAUAUAUCCCACUUGUGAAGCAACACAAAAAUGAUGGCUAUGGUUAUGCUGAACGACAAUGGCAAUUGUUAAGGAGAGGUAGAUAUGUAGAGUUCAAUCUAAUUUAUGACAGAGGAACCAAGUUUGGACUUUAUACUCCAGGUGCUAGGUAUGAGAGUAUUUUAAUGUCAUUACCUUUGACUGCUAGAUGGGAAUACAUGCAUGAGCCAAAAUCAAAUACAAGAGAAGGGCAGUUAAUUGAAGUUUUGAAGAAUCCUAGAGACUGGUUGUAAAUUUAUUAGUUUCCACAGAGUUUCACUUAAGUAUUAAUCUUAAUAGAUGUAAGUGUUGGAGGUGAUGGGUUAUGCGUGUGAUUAUUAUAGAAUAUUAUUAUGUUUGUUAUAAAUGUUGUUAAGAGUGAAUUAAUUUUUAUAAAUCAAGGAA